AUGGACGUCCUUCGUGCAUGGUGCGGUUGCUGCCUGGGCACGGGCAGAAAAGAGGCGCCGAGCCGUGAGGCAAGCGAGUGUGCGCCGCUCCUGCAACAGGCUGAGUCGGCACCGGGUGGGCCUGUGACUCGGCAUCAUCCCUGCCUAUUUCCCGAACCAGUGGUGGAACGAAUUUUGCAGCGCCUUCGAACUGACCUAUUGGAUGUUGAUACGAAUGCACCUAAACAUGGGAAUACGCCUGGCAGCAGCCAUGUCGAGUCGUCCUCGGAUGCCCCCAUCACCAUCCCUACCCAGGGGAUUCAUGUACAUCACAUGAAGCUGCACGCUGCUGGUGCGUCAGACGACUCGUCGUCAGCGGAUGUUCCCAACGACCAGGUAGACGAUGCAGCGAUUCAGGGUUCGCAGCAGCGGCUUCAGGCGUGGAAGGGCGAGUCGUGA